CACAGCAGCCACACACACACACACAGCAAAAUGCCUGAAGCUGAGGUAGUAUACUCCGAUGUGAAGUUUGCAAGAAGAAAAAAGGGAGCCAGUGAGGCCGUUACCCCAUCGACUGACUCGACUUACUCUGAAAUCAAGAUCUCAAAGACUCAGCCAUCCACAGCACAGCUGUCUGAGGGUCCUCAACCAGCUGUGGUGAGCAAAGGGUCAAAGGUCACCUCAGAGAGAGUGGUCCUGGUGGUUCUCAGUGUUCUCCUGGCAGCUGCUCUCGUUGCUCUGUGUUUUACCACAUUUGAUAAAAGUAGAACUAACCAAGAGCUUGAAAAUCUGAAACUUAAAAAAACGAAGUGUGAAAGUAAUCUCACAGAGACUCUCUCUAAGAUAAAAUCAUGCAGCACGGUGCAGCCGACCUGUCCAGUACCUACAGUAACAGAUGAUCCAUGUUAUAAAUGUGAAGAAGGCUGGGAGCAACAUGGAGAAAAGUGCUAUUACUUCUCCGUUAAUAAAUCAUCCUGGAACGAGAGCAGAGAUGAGUGUAGAGCUAAAGAAGGAGACCUGGUUAAGAUAGACAGCAGAGGGGAGCAGAGUUUCCUGGAGAGAAGACUGAGAGCUGUAAUGACUAAACCUGAGGACAAGUUCUGGAUCGGACUGACAGACUCAGCAGUAGAGAAGACAUGGGUGUGGGUGGACGGAUCACCACUGAAUGAAAGUUUGAAGUUUUGGAGUGGCAACGAGCCAGACAAUUGGAAAGGGCGCAAUGGUGAACAUCCUGAAGGAGAGGACUGUGCAAGGAUGGGAGAACAAGGUGGAGCUGAUGAUCUGAAGUGUUGGUUUGAUGCAUUUUGCUCAGAUCCUUACAAAAGUAUUUGUGAGAAAGCAGGAGUAACUGGAAAGCCUAAGAUUACAUGUGACUGAAAUUCACUUCUAAAACACCAGAGUGCAGUGAUGCAAUUUUUUAAAAUAAUGUCACAAACAGAAACAAAAUGAACACAGUAAAAUAAACGUGAGUAAUAUUUUGUAUCUGAUACUUUCAGUUUUGAAGUGAUUUACACGAACAAGAAAUGUGGGAGCACCUGUGAAAUUCAUUAAACUUUUAAUAAUAAAUUAUCCUGUUUUGUAAACUUGAAGCCAUCUAGAAAGUUAAAAAGUAUUUUGGAAACUGAAUCAAUGAGAAUUAUUUAUUAUCACUUUUACAGGAAAAAGAAAGGAACAAAGAAAGAAAGACAUGCGAAUUGUUACAAUGGAAUAAGUAAUUCACGUCAGUGUUAUUAAAAAUAGGAAUGCCACAUUUAACAUCGAGUCAUCCAGUACAAGAAAAGGAGGCUGUGGUUCUCAGAGUUUUCAGUGUGAGAAGCUGUUUGUAACUGUUGUAAAUCAUACACAUUUCUUUACUCUCACAUCUGUGGCUCCUGAAAAACCUCUGACAGUGUGGCACUCCUGUCUGUGCUCUCCUGCAUUGUUAUUUAUCUUCUCUGCGUGUCUUUUAUUUCAAAUGUGUGUCUGAAUUACAAGAAAUUAAACGAGCAACAGAACAUUUGCUGUUGUUGUAAAAUCC